AUGACCAACACCGAUUUAUUAGAAUUCAACAUUCCCAGACCGCUCAGUCUCAUACCUUCUUCCGCGACGGCCAAAACGACCGAUCGUAGUCACAAACCACGGUCGAAAGCCACGAACUGGUCCAUGGUCUCAGGUUCUUCGCAAGGCACGGCUCCUCGAAAGUCCACAAAGGGAACUUCAGGAGCUACGAAAUGUACUUUAGCAUGUUAUCAAUAUUCCUAUGGGCCUCUAGACGUGGAUGAGAUUCCUCAAGAGCAUACGGAAGCUGGAAAAUCAGUCAUAUUGCCAACGGCGAAAUGGCAAUUCUCAUUUCAUCCAGUUUAUUACCAGGCGACUAACGAGGAAUCCCAGGAUCUAUCGAGAUUCUGGGAGGUUCUGAUGAAACCUAGAUUAGCGGAGAGUCGGUGGGCACCCCAUAUGGAACCAGAAUGGCGAGAGCUACCUGAACAACGAUUCGACUUGAUCGAGGACCAAACGCUUUUUUCUGAUCUAUUGACUCGAAGAGCUCAAUGGAUUGACAAUGAAAAUAGAACAAGGAUGGAUCAUUGGAUGACAAAAUUAAUAGAGAAAAACUCUCCUAAUGGAAAGCCGAAUUUGGAAUUUAAACAAUUUGACUCAAGGCAAGAAUACGAAAAGUAUAUCGCCCCCACUACGGUCAGCUGGUCAGGUGAAUCUCUGACGCUUGACGAUAUUGACAAGCUCCAUAAGGACCAGUGGAGAGGCACUACAAUCGGUGAGCCGAGACCAUUUGCGUUGGUCAAUAACAUCGGUAGGAGCACUAUCUGCGUUCCAUCUAUCGUUCACGACACCUGA